CAGGUCGAGCGCGGGAGCGUGGGAACGCGCGGCGCGGCGCGGCAGGAUGUGUGACAGGAAUGGUGGCCGGCGACUGCGACAGUGGCUGAUCGAGCAGAUCGACAGCAGCAUGUAUCCAGGACUGAUUUGGGAAAAUGACGAGAAGAACAUGUUCCGCAUCCCAUGGAAGCAUGCCGGCAAGCAGGAUUAUAACCAGGAGGUGGACGCCUCCAUCUUCAAGGCCUGGGCGGUUUUUAAAGGGAAGUUUAAGGAAGGGGACAAAGCUGAACCAGCCACUUGGAAGACAAGGUUACGCUGUGCUUUGAACAAGAGCCCAGAUUUUGAGGAAGUGACAGACCGCUCCCAGCUGGACAUUUCUGAGCCAUACAAAGUCUACCGGAUCGUCCCAGAGGAAGAGCAGAAAUGCAAGCUGGGCGUGGCAGCUCCCGGCUGUGUGAACGACGCUGUGGACCUGGAGUGUGGCCGCUUGGAGAUGGAGGAGGUGAUCAAGGAGCCUCCCGUGGACGAUUACCUGGGGAUGAUCAAGCGGAGCCCCUCCCCGCCGGAGGCCUGCCGGAGCCAGCUCCUCCCGGACUGGUGGGUGCAGCAGCCCAGCACAGGCUUGCCGCUGGUGCCCGGGUACGCCGCCUAUGAAGCGCACCACUCAGCCUUCUCCCAGAUGGUGAUCAGCUUCUACUAUGGCGGCAAGCUGGUGGGCCAGACCACCACCACCUGCCCCGAGGGCUGCCGCCUGGCCCUGAGCCAGCCGGGCCCCAAGGCCUUCGGCCCUGAGGGCCUGCAGCUGGUGUGCUUCCCGCCCGCCGACACCAUCCCCAGCGAGCGGCAGAGGCAGGUGACGCGCAAGCUGUUCGGGCACCUGGAGCGAGGCGUGCUGCUGCACAGCAGCCGGCAGGGCGUGUUCGCCAGGCGGCUGUGCCAGGGCCGCGUGUUCUGCAGCGGCAACGCCGUGGUGAGCAAGGGCCGGCCCAACAAGCUGGAGCGCGAGGCCGUGGUCCAGGUCUUCGACACCAGCCAGUUCUUCCGAGAGCUGCAGCAGUUCUACAGCAGCCAGAGCCGCCUCCCCGAGAGCAGGGUGGUGCUGUGCUUCGGGGAGGAGUUUCCAGACAUGGCUCCCCUGCGCUCCAAGCUCAUUCUUGUGCAGAUCGAGCAGCUGUACGUGCGGCAGCUGAUGGAGGAGGUGGGGAAGAGCUGCGGUGCGGGCUCCCUGCUGCAGGCCCCCGAGGAGCCCCCGCCCGACCAGGCCUUCCGGAUGUUUCCUGAUGUCUGUGCCUCACACCAGAGACCCUUUUUCCGAGAAAACCAGCAGAUCACCGUCUAAGCAGCGUCCUCCUGGGCCCCCACACCGUUUGCGCUGGUGCCUCUGGGGACUGUGACAAGGGCUGUGGGCCCUCGGGUGCCGUCGGCGUCCUGGACCUGUGUGGGUGCCUCCGAGGUGUGCACGUUGGGCCAGAGUUGGGCCAAGGCGCAAGUGACAGGAACCCAGGAAGGUGUGGCUGCUGUAACGUGGCCUUUGAUUAAAAAAUGUAAUUUUCUGCAUUUUUCUUUAAUACUCAGUAAUUGCUGCGAUUCUUUUGCGUUUUGGGUUAAUGGAUGUCUGCAAAGACUCACCAGCCCUGCUCACGCGCUGUUCUGCGUGACAUGCCUGAGCUGAGGGUCGGCUGGCGAGGAGGAGGCUCUUUCUGUCCCGUUAGGAUGCAGAGUUGUGACUUCAGAUGCCUGAUUCCACGCACAGUGGCAUUUUACUUCUGAGCUCUUUAGUAAGAUUUCACGAUAUUUAGAGCCAUCUUCCCUCUGGGGAGGGGGCCGCUGUGGCCCGUGAGAGGGGGUGGGGUGCACCUGGGAGUGCAGGUGCGCAGGUGGGUCUGUUUCAGAUGUGUCCUUUAGGGAUUUAUUGCCAGGAAGCUGACAACUAGAUUUAUUUUUUGUCUCUGUAAUUAAAUCAUCCCAUGUACCUCUGUCUUUUGUUCUUUCUAAAUGGUCUUGACCUUUAAAAAAAAUUGAAAUCUGACAAUGAAAAGAUGUCUGAUUUCACAUGUGAGCGGCUCUUAAGUCUUUUUCUUUGCAGCAGGCAGCUGUAAGCCAUGGUUUAAAGGCCGCAUGGGGAUAGGGUCAGAGCUGGACUGGCAGGGUUCGCUCCCCACCCCUGCUGCCCACUGCCCUGGGCUCCAGGUGGCCCCAGUCUGCACCCCAGCGCCCCUCUCCAGCAGAGCUGUGCGGCAGUGGCCAACAGAUGACCUUGUGCUGGCGCUAGGAGAAUGGACCCUACUUACUAGCAAAUAGGAUGCAUUUCCUAUGCCAAGUUGGUCAGAAUCGAGAGGCCGCUCAGAAGCCAGCCGCAGGAGCCUUAGUGCUGGCGUAGAGGCCGGGGCUCGGCCUUGUCAUCUUUUGAGAUCUGAUGUCUUUCCAAACCACUUUGAAAUUGCUUUUGAAAUCUGCUUGAUUAAAAAGUACUUGAAUGUGUUUCCUAAAAUUUUGCUGUUUUGUUAAAUCGGGGUUCCUCUUGCCCAUCUGUCCCCUGUAUUAUACCUGCGCUGGCCAAGGUGAGUCCAGGAGAUUGGGGACCCCGCCAGGGCCUGCGUCCUGCUGGAGUGAGCCAGCACAGGCAGGGGCUGACUGCAUGCUGACCUCGUCCUUCUCCUGACACUCCACCUGGCUCUCCAGCAGGUGUGCCCAGGACCUCAGAGAUGGCCUGACCUGUCGGUCCUUGGGAGCUGGGUGCAGCCCACCUGGAAGCCUCUGGCAUCCGAGGGGCCAGGAGUACCAGGUGCUUCUCAUUGCCACUGGUGCAGAGGGGAUGCAGGAGUAAGGCCCAGCGGCCACAGGGCCUUUGGUGGGUGGCAUGUGAAUACACAUGGGGACAUUGGAAAGUGCCCGUGGUGGUGGCUUUUUCAUUUGGGCAACACAGGGAGCAUUGUAGUCUUAAGGCCAUUGGACCCGUUUGCUUAGGUGUUGUAAGGUCACCAGGGACUCUGACCUGCAGCUCAGGGACUGGGAGCCCUGUCCUGAACGUGCUGAGUGAAUAUUUAUUUUUGUAUCCAUUUAAAAAGUGUAUGGAUCUUACUAUUCAAAUAAAGGCUCUUUUAGAAAGCU